GAGUGCGGGGCGGGGCCGAGGCGGCGAGUGGCUGGGAGAGCGUGGCUGGGCCCGGUCCUAGGCAGGGGUCAGGGGCUAGGGUCGGGUCCCGGGCUGAGCCGAAACCUGGGGGUCGGGCGGGGCGGGGAAUGGGGCGCAGUGAGGCUGGGAGCCGGUCCUGAGCUCGUCCUGCGUAGGGGUAGCCGGGCCCAGGGGGCGCCUGAGCUGGAGGCGGAAGCGUGAAGUCGGGACUGAGUGGGCGAAGAGAACCUGGGCUGAGCAGACAUGACCACUUACCACCAAGAAGGGCAGAUGCAGCUGCCCCGAGCUGAUGCCAUUCGUUCACGUCUCAUCGAUACUUUCUCUCUCAUCGAGCAUUUGCAAGGCUUGAGCCAAGCUGUGCCGCGGCACACUAUCAGGGAGUUACUUGAUCCUUCCCGCCAGAAGAAACUUACGUUGGGAGAUCAACACCAGCUAGUGCACUUCUCUAUAAAGCCUCAACGUAUAGGACAGAUUUCACAUGCCCAGAGGCUGUUGAGCAAGCUUCAUGUGCGCUGCAGUCAGAGGCCACCUCUUUCUUUGUGGGCCAGAUGGGUCCUUGAGUGUCCUCUCUUCAAAAACUUCAUCAUCUUCCUGAUCUUUUUGAAUACGAUCGGACCUCUCCGGAAUUCCCUGGUAACAGUGGUUCAUGUCUCUUCACUUGGGAUCAAUUGGUAUCGCCUGCUUCAAGGACGUCUGGAAGAUUUGCUUUGCAGGAGAAAAAACGUGUCACAGGAGGCACUGAGGUCAAGCCAUAGCAAAAUAGAUGACAGUUCAAGAGGAGCUGGUCAACAAAGGGAAAGUUUGGACUUACCAGAAGUGUCUGAAGUAGAGUCUAAUUAUGGUGCCACUGAAGAGGAUUUAAUAACAUCUGCAUCAAAAACAGAAGAGACCUUGUCAAAAAAGAGAGAGUACCAGUCUUCCUCCUCUGUUUCCUCCACAUCCUCUUCCUAUUCUUCCUCUUCCGAAUCCAGAUUUUCUGAAUCUAUUGGUCAUUUGGACUGGGAGACUCUUGUGCAUGAAAAUCUGCCUGGGCUAAUGCAAAUGGAUCAGGAUGACCAUGUUUGGCCCAGAGACUCACUCUUCUGACAUUUUAAGUUGCUAGAAAAUCUUCAGUAUAACCUAGAGGAGCGUAAGAAGUUACAAGAGUUUGCAGUGCAGACACUGAUGAACUUGGAAGACAAGUAAAGCAAUGGAUGGCUUCAAUAUCCUUGGGCCCAGCAAAAGAUAAUAAAAGGAACUGUUGGAAAUAGAGAACUGAAAAUAUAAACAUUCAGAUAGAACAAUGUCUGUUC